AUGAUUGCUGUCAAUGGCUGCAGGAUUUUGCAGAUUGUUACCGCAUCAUUUUUUGCAUGGGUUUUUCUUACCACGUUCCUUGGUUAUUUGAGCGACAAUGCGACAUGGCCAAAGAACCUGUCAAGUAUUUCGAGCAAACUUGCGAGCGACAAAGCGUUUGCUCAUAUCCAGAAUGAGACUCUUGGGUUCGGACAUGUCUAUGCUAUCGGAUUGAAGGAACGUGCCGACAAACGCGAUUUCCUCACCUUAGCAGCCUCGGAAACCGGUUUCAAAGUGGAAUGGCUCGAUGGAGUUCUACCAUCUUCGUUACAACAGAAGGCUAUGCCUAGCGGAUACAACAUUUCAGCCACGGUUCCAGCUAUUAUCGCAUGCUGGCGUGCCCAUAUGAACUUUUUGUUAGACGUUAUUGAAAACGAAUAUUCUUCUGCUCUUGUUCUCGAGGACGAUGCCGACUGGGAUGUGAACAUCAAAUCCCAACUACACGAGUUUGCCCGGGGGUUGCAUGCUUUGCAGGGCGAAAGUAAAGUCUCCAAGCAGCAUCCCUAUGGAACAGAUUGGGAUCUUCUUUGGAUUGGAGGAUGUGGAUCCGCCCCAUUCCCGAACGAAACCAAAUUCUAUGCCAUCCCUGACGAUCCAACAUGCCCGAAUAUCGAGAAUCGAAUCACGCUUGGUGGAGUUCCUGACAACUGGAAGACACGAUUCCCAGAUGAUUCUACGCGAUUUUUGUUCAAGGCGGAAGCUGGUUGUUGCACAUAUGGUUAUGCCGUUUCAAACAAAGGAGCAAAGAAAAUCCUUGCUCAGCUUGAGCUCGACCAUAUAGACACACCAGUCGACCUCGCCCUGAGUGACUUGUGUGGAGGCAAGGGCCGUCGACAGAUUGAUUGCUACGCGCCUUUCCCCCAGAUUAUUGGCACCUACCGACAGGCUGGCCCAUCCUCCCGUCUUUCAGACAUUUCCAGCAGUGAAGCGAGCGAGAUCCGGGAAGAAUCAUCUGUCAAUGUGGGGUAUAGCACGAGACUCAAUAUCCAGAGACUUGCUGCUGGCGAUGCAACUGUUUUCUCACAGUGGGACAAUCAACCAUGGACAGAGAAAGAAAUCAGCGUACAGGAAUUUGUCUAUCCUAGGGGGUAUCUGGUCAACUAA